UAGCUACCAAAAAUAUAACAUUCUUCUCUAUAUCUUGUGUGAUAUUAUUUUACAUUCUCCAGUUAAGUCCGAAGGUGUUUGUUUUUUUGUUACAGCAGCCAAAUGUCAAGAAACGGGCUAAUAACAGGCAUGGGGAUGCGGCUAACGACGACUAGCACACUGAGUCCUUUUGAGCAGCUUGGUCUGCACAUGUAUGACAUCUUGGGAGAUGGAGGGAUCCUGAAGGAGGUGGUCCGGUCUGGAGAGGGUCCACCUGUGCCCCAAAAUGCAUCAGUUAUAAUGUAUUACUCCGGAUAUUUGGAGUAUUCUAGUCACCCUUUUGAAAGCACUGCUCACCUGAAGUAUCCGCCGAUGAUGAAGUUGGGAAGGGAUGUGACGCUGGCCGGACUGGAACUGGGGUUGUUGACCAUGAAGAAAGGAGAGUUCUCCCGGUUCCUGUUCGACCCUCAGUACGCGUAUGGAGAAAUGGGCUGUCCUCCUCUCAUCCCAGCUGCCGCUACAGUUCUGUAUGAGGUUCAAAUUGUGGACUACCUCGAUUCGGGUCAAGUGGAUGAGUUUAUUAGCAUGAGUCCGGAGGAGCAGAACAGUGUCCCCCUGUCCACUCUUUUUGAAGUCAUUAACACACUCCGCAGCUUUGGGAACCGCUGCUUCAACCAAAGCCGAUAUGGCCACGCCAAGGAUCGCUAUAAACAGGCAGUAACUCUUCUAAGAAAUAAGAACGAGCAAAGUGAGCUGGAAACGGAGAAGAUGAACGUGGCCCUGCUUCCACUCUAUCUGAACCUUUCUUUCACAGAACUUCGUCUGGAGAGUCCCCAAAAAGCCCUCAAAUAUGGAAAGAAGGCCUUGGAAAUAGACUCUGCCAACACAAAGGCUCUCUUCCGAUGCGGACAGGCCUACUAUGAGCUGGGUGAAUACGAGAGCGCUCAGGAUUGCCUCAUGGCUGCUCAGUCCAAAAAGCCGUUGGACAGCAACAUCAACAACCUCCUGAAGAAAGUAGCGCUGGCCUUUAAAGACAGCUUGGAUAAAGAAAAAGACAUGUGCUUGAAGAUGUUUAGUAAGCUAAGAAGCCCAGUACAGACUUAACCAACCUCUGAUUGUGGUCUCAAGAUUUGACAUCUUGGUCCUUGCCUACUGCCCCUAUCUUCCACCGGUGAAAGUUGUUUCUAUUCAUUUCCCGCCUGUUAUGCUUUGAUGUUUCUGAUCUUUGCUUUAAAUUCUUGUUUGUACUUCUGUUAAAAAAAAAAAAAAGUUAAUCUCUCUUUAUCUGUUCUCUAAUCACACCUGAGGGUUCUCAUCGUUCUUCCUUUUAAGGGAAAUACUCAGAUUUCAUUUUCAGUUCUUGAAAUGCUAAUUAAGGAAUGUAAUUCAGGUCU